ACCAUCGGUUCAUCACUUUACAAAAGCUUAUAUGAUAUGAGAGCAAUAAUCGACACCUAGACCUAAAACAAUAACCGCCUCCUCUGUCUUUUUUUUUUUUCCGUUUUCUCUUUUACAUUUUUCCUGCGGCUGUGUCUACCUUGGAGACACAUCCCCAACCGCCCAUGCAUGGUGUCACUGCCUCACUUGAUUUUUGAAAUCAAUGAUACCUUCGGAAACAUAGCAAGGACGAAGAUUGGCUCUAUACUGUGUUUUGAAGACUAGUAUUUGAAAUUUCUGCAAAAAUGGGAUAUAUGGACCUGGCGUUAUCGUAUUCGAAUCAAAUGCGGAUUGUUGAAGCUCCCGCAAGCGGAGGUGGUCUGAGUCAAAAUGGAAAAUUCAGCUAUGGAUAUGCAAGCUCAGCUGGGAAGAGAUCAUCAAUGGAAGACUUUUUUGAGACGAGGAUCGACGGUAUUGAUGGAGAAAUCGUCGGUCUAUUUGGAGUCUUUGAUGGCCAUGGUGGAGCAAGAGCAGCUGAGUAUGUGAAGCGUCAUCUUUUCAGCAAUCUUAUUACUCAUCCUAAGUUCAUCUCUGACACCAAAUCUGCAAUAGCUGAUGCAUAUACUCAUACAGACUCUGAACUUCUCAAGUCAGAAAAUAGUCACACUAGAGAUGCUGGUUCUACUGCUUCCACAGCUAUUCUUGUUGGUGAUCGUUUACUUGUUGCUAAUGUUGGUGAUUCCAGAGCUGUUAUAUGUCGAGGCGGAAAUGCCUUUGCUGUAUCAAGAGACCAUAAACCUGACCAAAGUGAUGAACGUGAACGGAUUGAGAAUGCUGGUGGUUUUGUGAUGUGGGCAGGGACUUGGAGAGUUGGAGGAGUUCUAGCAGUUUCUCGCGCCUUUGGUGAUCGAUUGCUGAAACAGUAUGUUGUGGCUGAUCCAGAAAUUCAGGAAGAGAAGAUUGAUGAUUCUCUUGAAUUUCUGAUUCUUGCCAGUGAUGGACUAUGGGAUGUUUUCUCCAAUGAGGAAGCGGUUGCAGUGGUGAAAGAAGUUGAAGAUCCGGAAGAGUCCACCAAGAAACUUGUAGGCGAAGCAAUACGGAGAGGAAGUGCAGACAAUAUUACAUGUGUAGUCGUACGUUUCUUGGAGAGCAAGACUGCUAACAACAACGGUUCCAGCUCAUCCGAGGAAGCGAAUCAAGUUCAAACCGCUGUUAGAAAUGACUCAGACCACAAGAACUCAACCAAAGAAACCAAUCAAGACCAUAUUGUAGUACACAGAGACUUGGACUGCAGCAACACGGACAAUGAAAACCUGAACCAAAAGCCAAUCGCGGUUACAGCAAGAGGACGCAGCGUUUCUUCAGAACAGAGUGGUUUAGCCGUGGAAAAGAAUCAAAUGCCAAUCGCAAUUCGCAGCGGCUCAGAGCCCAAGAGUUCAGCCAAGGUACCUAAUCAAGGGAAAAGCACAGUACACAACGAUUCGCCGGUCGCAGCAACACACACAACUUCCUUAGAAAUAAGCGGAUCAACCGGUGAAAAGAAUCGAAAACCAAUCCAAGUUCAUAGUGAUUCCGCCGCAAGCAAGACAAGUAGCACUCCCUCUGUCUUUAACUGAAACGUCCACUAACUUCAGAAUCAUCUUUUGGUAAAUGAAUGUAUCGUCUUCAUUUAACUUUGAACUAUUUAGUGUCCAAAGAUUUUGACUCAGACUGAUUUUUGUCGUUCAUGUAAAAGUUUCUUUUCUUUGACAUCCUUUUGUGAGGUUUUUAACUUCAAUAAUGUAAUUUUCCUUUU